UCAUUCACUCACCCACCCACCCCCCACAAUAUCUUCCCCUCCUCCUCACCCACGCCCACGCGACCUCGUCGAACACCUUGUCGCCGUCGCCGUCGCCGUCGCCUCACCGGCGCCCCACCAACCCCCAACCCCCCGCGCGGGCGGCGGCGGCGCCUAUGACCGGAGCCUGCGAGGCGGCGCCGGCGCGGCGGCGGGGGCUGACGGUGCUCCCCCUCGUCGCGCUCAUCUUCUACGACGUGUCGGGGGGCCCCUUCGGCAUCGAGGACUCGGUCCGCGCCGGCGGCGGCGCGCUCCUCCCGAUCCUGGGGUUCCUCGUCCUCCCCGUGCUCUGGUCCCUCCCCGAGGCGCUCGUCACCGCCGAGCUCGCCUCCGCGUUCCCCACCAACGCCGGCUACGUCGCCUGGGUCUCCGCCGCGUUCGGCCCCGCCGCGGCGUUCCUCGUCGGGUUCUCCAAGUGGGCGUCGGGGACGCUCGACAACGCGCUCUACCCGGUGCUCUUCCUCGACUACCUCCGCUCCGGCGGGGGGCUCGUGCUCUCCCCGCCGGCCCGCUCCCUCGCCGUGCUCGCGCUCACCGCCGCGCUCACCUACCUCAACUUCCGGGGGCUCCACCUCGUCGGCCUCUCCGCGCUGGCGCUCACCGCGUUCUCGCUCUCCCCGUUCGUCGCGCUCGCCGUGCUCGCCGCCCCCAAGAUCCGCCCGUCGCGGUGGCUCGCCGUGAACGUGGCCGCCGUUGAGCCGCGCGCCUACUUCAACUCCAUGUUCUGGAACCUCAACUACUGGGACAAGGCGAGCACGCUUGCCGGCGAGGUGGAGGAGCCGAGGAAGACGUUCCCGAAGGCGGUGUUCGGCGCGGUGGGGCUCGUCGUGGGCGCGUACCUCAUCCCGCUCCUCGCCGGGACGGGCGCGCUGCCGUCGGAGACGGCGGGGGAGUGGACGGACGGGUUCUUCUCCGUGGUCGGCGACCGGAUCGGCGGGCCGUGGCUGCGCGUGUGGAUCCAGGCCGCCGCGGCCAUGUCCAACAUGGGGCUCUUCGAGGCCGAGAUGAGCGGCGACUCGUUCCAGCUCCUCGGCAUGGCGGAGAUGGGCAUGAUCCCGGCGAUCUUCGCGCGCAGGUCGCGCCACGGCACGCCGACGUACAGCAUCCUCUGCUCGGCCACCGGCGUCGUCAUCCUCUCCUUCAUGAGCUUCCAGGAGAUCGUCGAGUUCCUCAACUUCCUCUACGGCCUCGGGAUGCUCGCCGUGUUCGCCGCCUUCGUCAAGCUCCGCGUCAAGGACCCCGACCUCCCCCGCCCGUACCGGAUCCCCGUCGGCGCCGCGGGCGCCGCCGCCAUGUGCGUCCCGCCCGUCGUCCUCAUCACCACCGUCAUGUGCCUCGCCUCCGCCAGGACGCUCGUCGUCAGCGCCGCCGUGGCCGUCGCCGGCGUCGCCAUGUACUACGGCGUCGAGCACAUGAAGGCCACCGGCUGCGUCGAGUUCUUGACGCCGGUGCCGCCUGACAGCCUCCGUGGAUCAUCAUCAUCAUCAUCCUCAUCGGCAGCGUCCGACAACGGCGGCGACGACGACGUCGAGGACGUCUGCGCCCUCCUCCUCGCCGCCGGCGAGCACGCCGGAGAAGGCGUCAGUGUCAGCAAGGAGAAUUAUUAGUGUACAGUGAUUGGAAUUUAUUACAGUGGCUUCUCUUCAGUUUGAGUAAAUAUCUACAGAAAAUGCAGAAGAAUACAGUUUAGUUUUCUGAACUCCUGAUGAGCUUUUGUCAGGAAAAAAAACUGUUGUCUUAUGUGAUCUGAAUCCUGAAAACAUGGGAGCAAAUCUUGCACAUGUCAAAGAUUAAUUUGCCCCCAAAGUGAUAAAUACAGUUUAGUUUAUUAAGUACAGAGAUAUUCCUGUUUGUGUGA